GAUGGCGGAGCCCUGGCCGGGGCCGGCUCGCCACUCGCCGUGCUGAGCGCCGCUCUCCCCCACAGGGCGUAGAUGGGAGAGGGAGCUGGCGAGCCGUCCGUGCGGAUGAGAGGGACCCCUUAACGUCUGCCGGCCGCGCUUCUGGCUCUGCCCGCUGAGCGGAGUGAGGAUUCCCGCCGUGCUCCUCUGGGACUGCCGCCGGGGGACAUGGCCCGGGCCCGGCACCCCUUCCCUGCCGCCGCCACGGCCCCCCUCCUGCUGGCCUGCCUGCUCGCCGAACUCCCGGCCACCAAGGGCUACGUCCGAGCCGUGUCGGACCACAACACUAGCAUGGAGUUCUCGGACCUGCCGGCCAUGUUUGGGAGCGCCCUGCCUCGCGAGGGGCUCGAGGGCUUCCUGGUGGAGGCCAAGCCGGCGCACGCCUGCCAGCCCGUCGAGGCCCCGCCGUCCAACCGCAGCGUCUUUGUGGCCCUCAUCCGGAGGUUCAACUGCAGCUUCGACGUAAAGGUGUUCCACGCCCAGCAGGCUGGGUACGCGGCUGCCAUCGUGCGCAACGUGGGCUCCGACAGCCUGCUGAGCAUGGUCUGCGACGACGAGAAGCUCCGGAGGCGCAUCACCAUCCCGUCCGUGUUCAUUGGCGAAACGGCCGCCGCGUACCUGCGCAGCCUCUUCACUUACGAGAGGGGCGGCCGCGUUGCCUUGGUGCCGGCGUUCAUCUUCCCGCUGGGGUACUACCUCAUCCCGUUCACCGGGGUGGUGGGCAUCGUGAUCGUGGUGAUGUGCACCAUUCUGAUCGUGCGCUGCGUCCAGCACCGGAAGAGGAUGCGGAGGAACCGCCUUUCGAAGGAGCAGCUGAAGAAGAUCCCUGUGCACAAGUACAAGAAAGGGGACGAGUACGACGUCUGCGCCAUCUGCCUGGAGGAGUACGAGGACGGGGACCGCCUGCGCAUCCUGCCCUGCUCCCACGCCUACCACUGCAAGUGCGUGGACCCGUGGCUGACGCAGACGAAGAGGACCUGCCCCGUGUGCAAGCAGCGCGCCGUCCGCUCGCCCGAGGACUCCGACUCGGAGGGCGAGGGAGGGGCCGGCCGGGCCACGCCGUCCCGGGACGAGGGCGACGGCGACGGCGGGGGCCCCCCGGAGCCGGAGGAGGCGGAGGGCGACUCGGAGCGCACCCCCCUGCUGCGCUGCUCGCCCGCGGUGCCGCCGGGGCCCCCGUCUUUCGGCAGCAUGGCGCCCUGCCCCCCCUCCAGCCCCCUCAGCCUUUCGGAGGAGGGGGGGCAGGGGCAGCCUUCUCCCCGUGCCGAGCACCCCUGGAGCCCCCUGGUCGCCUAGCCCCCUCCCCGUCGCCCCCAGUGUUCCCUGCCCCCAGGGAAGGGGGACUCAGGACAGGCCCUCCUCCCAGUGACGGGCAGGGGCGGCAGGGGGCCCUCAGCUUCUACCAGUGAGCUUCCAGAGCUUCCAGUCUAACCUCCAGGGGCCGGGGGGGGCCGGGGCCCCCCAGGGCAGUGCACGGCCUCUGGGAGGUGGUCGGGGUGGCUGCCUCGCCGGCCAGGCAGCCCCCCGCCAGUGGUGUGCCCAGUCGCCCGUGCCGCCCUGGCUCUCCCCGCAGCAAGGGAGGUGCAGCCGCCCCCCCCGGAGUGCCCCCCCCCCCG